AUGGCAGAUGGGUCUCGAUCUCGAUCUGAAGCUGAACAACUGAACCAGAACUCUCAGGAGAGGGUAAGAAACCGCUUUCCUGGUCGUCCCAGAACGCUUUCUGGACAAGAGCCCCAAAGAGAAAGAACUGAACAAGAGCUUCAGCAAAACGAAAAUAGUGAGGCAGAAAUACUGAUGAAACCAAUGAGACCUUCAACAUUAAUGAGAAUGAUUUCUACGCAAAUGAAAGCACAGAUGUUGGGAUUCACGAUGCUUACAAUGAAGAAGGUGGAGGUGGUGUUGAUGUUCAUCAACCAAGGAGGGGUCGAAACCACAACAUUGUGGCAAUACAUUUUAUGCAAACGAAGGCGAGCGUGUUGGGAUUAG